CUACAAAAUUAGACUGCAUAAUAAUUAGUUGAUAUAGAAUUAUACUUAAAUGAAUAGCUUAAUUUAUGAAUUUUACAGUAGUUUUAGUUCAAUUCCUUAGAAAUACACAAACAAGUUCUUUGAAGGUAGGCGUACAAUUAUCUAAAAAUAAAUAACAAUCGAACCUGAGAUUUAUACCAAAUUGCGGUUACCUCGGCUUCCGCCUCGACGAGAUACGUGGCAGCGCGGUUUCAUCCACCGCCAUAUUAAAUGAGCCACUAGAGCGAGACAAGAAUCCCCUGCUCCCUUUAAAACUACUACCUCCCUUAUCUCCUUCGCCCCCCGGCUCUCUUUAAAACUACUGCCUCUCUUAUCUCCUUCGCCCUUGCUCUUACUACUAAAAAUCUCUUCGAUAGAAGUCAGCAUCGAAUCCUUCGGGCAUGGCCAACAACUGCUCGACGGUGGAGCCACGGACGUCCUGGAUCUCCGAAACCUUCGCCCGCGAAAACGAAGCCCUCACCAAAGCCCUCCAGAUCUCGCCCUCCGACAACUCACCUCCCUCAUCCUCGGCCACCGCCGCCGCAAUCUCAUCCUUCCUCCACCGCAUCCCCGCUGCCGAUCGCGACUCUCCUUCGUCUCGCCGCCGGAAUCCCAUCCCCUGCCCCCCCUCCGGCAAGAUCUCGAAGCGGAAGUCCCGCGCGUCGAAGCGGUUGCCGACAACCUACAUCAACGCCGACCCGGCCAACUUCCGCCAGAUGGUCCAGCAGGUGACCGGCGUCCGGCUUGACAACGCGGGCAUGCCGGUCGAGCCGGUGCUCAAGCCCGAGCCGCUGCGGCCCGCCGUGGGUUUGGGGGCCCUGCAGCAGAGCUGCCUGCCGACACUCCACGCUUCCGGCUUCUUGCUCGACCGGGAUGGUCUGUUGGGACCGGGUGCUGCGGUCGGCGGCCCGGUGAUCGACUUCGACCCCUUCGCGAGCUUCGCACUCUAGAGUCGUGGAGCGUGGUGUAAGAAAGUAGAAAAAAAUAUUUAAGACAAAAACAAAAAUCUUUGGUUUUUUUAGUGUUGACUUACUCGUUUUUAUCAGACGUCUGAUGCGGAUCGGAUAGAUGUGGUUUGUAGAGCGGACGUUGUGUUCCCCUAUGGUAUAUGUACGUUGGGUUGGGGUGGCGCCGAUUCGGGACUUUAUGUUGUUGUUUUUAUUUUCCUUUUAUGGUGGCUUGUGGAAGUUUAUGAUAGUGUUAGUAUAUGGGACAUGGAAAAUAGUAUGGACGGUCUGUGUCGUUUUCAUAGGGAUGCUGUCAAGAUCUUCUGAGACUUGAUGAAUGGAUUAACAGCGCACUUCGAUUAAAGUGAGGCAAAAGUCUUCCAAAAUGAUAUUUAGGUAGAAGAUGGUUGUAUCUUUUAGACCUAAGAAUGAUUCACCUUUUUUCUUUUU